CUCCUGAUUUCGACGUCGGUUGGACGCAUGUCUUUUCCUCUCCCUGAUCAUCUCCCGCGGCAGCUUGAUGUUUCAUCGAACGUUCUUUCCAAGCUCGACUCUGUAACAUUACAGUCCCUAAAUUCGUCCUUUGCAUCCUCAUGUAAAGCUGAGCUUGACGAAUCCAUUCGAUUGACCAAGACACAAAUUCAUGACAGAAUAUGUGCAGAAUCUUCUAGCUUCCAAAGACAGCUGUCUUCGGCAAAGUCUCUGAAAGAACGACUGAAUGCACUGUCUGGACAUGUCCAAACCCUAAGUGUUACACUUUCGGACUCUAAAUCCGGUCUAGUCCCAGUCUUGCUUGAGGCUUUGGAAGCUCACCAAUCACUUGCCCAAGAAUCCUUGGAUGCAGAUGUCUUGAGUGAUUCUCUUUCACACCUUUCUGAAUGUAGAGCACAACUGGAUGCGCUGCAGAAGCUGGUUGACACAGGGGAUCUGCCUCCGGCUGUAGUCGCGUGUCAUGCUUUGAAUUCCUCGCUGAUCUCCGUUCCCGGACCACUGAAAGACGCAUUGGUAGUGUCUGAAAUACAGGCUCGGCUGCGUGUGCUUAGCAAUUGUGUGGAGGAGCUGCUCAGCGAUGCUUACACCAAGAGUAUUAUUGUGAACCCAUCUCAAGUUAUCAUCAAACCAUUUGUGCUUGUGCCUCGGUCACUGAAGCCCUUACCUCUUUCGUCCGUCCUCUCAUCGAUCAGCUCCGCAUCACUGGCAUCGCAUCUUUCCACCCUGAGGAGGGAUAUUCUAACACACUACAUCGAGUGUUCUUUUGACCAGCCAACGUCACUCACGGUCAGCACUAUGACAGAUACAUCUGGCGCUUUGAUGCACGUCCUCGGCCGAUUCCCUUCGUCACCAAAUACAACUGACACAGGUUCCCCACUUGCCAACGUAUCUACGACCCUCGACUUCUUACUCAAACAAUUAUUUCCCACCCUCCCGUCGACCCACAAACACAGUUUUCCGCGAAGUCUCAGCAAACCCAUCUCUACUGCAGUCCUGGCCCGUUUACUUAUUCCUGGUCUGCCUUCACAGCUUGAAGCUCUACCCGCUUUUUUACAAAUUGCACACAAGGCAGUGGACUUAGAAGACAAGUACAUCGUCGGGAUGCUCGAUGCUUCUAGCGAGAAGGAAAUCAAAGCUUGGGUCAACAAUGUUUGUACUCAUUAUGAGCGACAACGGCGCUCACACAUUCUCGAUUUUACUCGCAAACUUAUCGUUCAAAGUAUAUCUUCUUCUGAGCCAACAUUCUAUGCCCAGUUGUCCCUCUCACAAGACACCCCUGACAAGGUUGGGCUUGCGCCUACAGAUGAAGGUGACGCAUGGGGACUUGAUGACGAUGGUCAGAGUUUGAAUGCAGGAUCGAGGUCUGCGCCAGAAGAGGAGAAUGUUUGGGGCUUUGAUGAUGAUAAGGAAAGUCAACAAGCUAAACCUGCGGAAAUAGUCGAGGAAGACCCAGGGGAUGCAUGGGGCUGGAAUGAUGAAGAGCCCGUACCUGAAGAACUAGGGCAAGGAGAAGACACAUGGGAUGACCCAUGGGGUGAAGAACCUUCCCUAUCGGAGGUUACUCCUGCUGUGCGGACAGUACCUGUGUUAUCCCAACGCCCGUCUGCGGACUCUGCACCUGCGACGCAAAGGGUCUCCCGCCCCACGGACAGUACCUCUCGUCAUCCUGCUACGUCAGGGCCCAUAACUGAGCCAUAUCUGGUGUCUACUCUGGCGAAGUCAAUCAUUCGUACGGUCGAGGACGCGUUGCGCGAAGGACAAGAACUAUCAUCUUCGGGUAUUCUUUCCACCUCACCAACAUCUACAACGACGCCUGGGGUACUCAUUAUGCAAUCAGGAGCACUGGCAUUAGAUUUGUAUCGUGCAGUAUACCCCAUCGUCGCUGCAGCACGACUCGUUCGCCCUGGUGAUGUUAUGAAAUUCUCCAACAACUGUUGUUGGCUCGCAGAGGAGGUUGGUCGCUUGGUUACACGCGAGCGGGGAGUGCUUGUUGUGAAAGACAAGUUAGAGGAAUGCAAGAGUGUCUUGCAGGUGUUAGCUGACAGUUGGUAUCAAGACGGCAUUGACAGACAACGGACGGCCCUGGGUGACAUUCUAGCGAGUGCGAAGGGCUUCACAGACACGUCAGACCAGGAUCGAUAUGAUGACUGUGAGAUGGCCAUUUCCCGUGUCGUUCGCGAGAUCCGAAGCGCUGCGAAUGCGUGGAAGCCCAUCCUCCCUAAGGGCAAGUAUUAUACCGCCGUGGGAGCAAUAGUCGAAGUUUCAUUGCAGCGGAUCCUUGAGAACAUACUUGCAAUUCCUGAUAUCCCUGAGGUAGAGUCGCAGAAACUGAGCGAGUUGUGCAGAAUAUUGGCUGCUCUUGAAGGGCUCUUUGUUGAAGACUUCAGCGAGUCAUCUUUCGUGGUAUCAUACGUUCCGUCGUGGUUGAAAUUCUCAUAUCUUUCUGAACUCCUGGAAGCUUCCAUGGCUGAUCUCACAUACCUUUUCGAAGAAGGAGCUCUAGUGGACUUUGGGGUGGACGAGUUGGUGAAACUUGUGCGUGCCUUGUUUGCAGACACACCGCUGAGGACGAAGACUCUGGACAAAAUCAUGGGUGGUCAUCCAGUCCGGUGAUCAAAUACUAUUAAGUAUAAUAAUUGCGGAUUACCGGAUGUAUGACGGCAAUUGGUUCGUAGCCAGCCUGGCGUAUACUACCACGGAUGCCCAAGUGGCGCAGCCAGGCUGGUCGAUCUCGGAGGGAUUUGGCAUUGAUACUCAUCGCUUUGCCAUAGUCUUUGUGCUUACUAUUCGUGCAUAUAUGCUACAAGCGAUCCGUUCGCCUGCGGACGGCUCAGUAAUAUAUUCCUUUGCAGUUGA